AUGGCCAUGCUGCUGGACGGCGGCCCGCAGUUCCCCGCCCUGGGAGUCGGGGGCUUCGGGGCCCCUCGCCACCACGAGGGGCCCGGCCGCGACCCCGGCGCCGGGAUGGGGCUGGGCCCCUUCGGGGACGCCUCGCACGCGGCGGCCUUUAAGCUCAGCCCGGCCGCCCACGAGCUCUCGUCCGGGCAGAGCUCGGCGUUCACCCCGCAGGGCUCGGGCUAUGCCAACGCGCUGGGGCACCACCACCACCACCACCACGCCGGCCAGGUGCCCGCCUACGGGGGCGCGGCCGCCGCCUUCAACUCCACGCGGGACUUUCUCUUUCGCCAGCGGGGCUCCGGCCUGGGGGAGCCCGCAUCCAGCGGCGCCCAGCACAGCAUCUUCGGCGGCUCCCCCGGCAGCCUGCACGGGCCGCCGGGCAUUACGGAGAGCCCGGGCUACUUGCUCUUCCCGGGGCUGCACGAGCAGAGCCCCAGCCACCCCUCCCCCGGCGGGCACGUGGAGAACGGGCAAAUGCACCUAGGGCUGCGGGGGGAUCUCUUCGGCCGGCCGGACCCUUACCGGGCCGUCUCCAGCCCCCGCACGGACCCGUACGCCGGCGCCCAGUUCCACAACUACAACCCCAUGAACAUGAAUAUGGGCAUGAACGUGGCGGCCCAUCACCACCACGGCCCGGGGGCUUUCUUCCGCUACAUGCGCCAGCCCAUCAAGCAAGAGCUGUCCUGCAAGUGGGUGGAGGAGAGCCAGAUCAACCGGCCCAAAAAGAGCUGCGACCGGACGUUCAGCACCAUGCACGAACUGGUCACUCAUGUGACGAUGGAGCAUGUCGGGGGGCCGGAGCAGAACAACCACAUCUGCUACUGGGAGGAAUGUCCGAGGGAAGGCAAGUCCUUCAAGGCGAAAUACAAACUGGUGAACCACAUUCGGGUUCACACGGGGGAAAAGCCAUUCCCGUGCCCGUUCCCAGGCUGCGGGAAAAUCUUUGCCAGGUCCGAGAAUCUGAAGAUCCACAAAAGGACGCACACAGGUGAAAAACCUUUUAAGUGUGAAUUUGAAGGCUGUGAUAGACGUUUUGCGAACAGUAGUGACAGAAAGAAGCACAUGCAUGUACACACUUCAGACAAGCCUUAUAUCUGUAAAGUGUGUGACAAGUCUUACACCCACCCCAGCUCUCUUAGGAAACACAUGAAGGUUCAUGAAUCGCAAGGGUCAGAUUCCUCCCCAGCUGCCAGUUCAGGCUAUGAAUCGUCCACUCCGCCCGCUCUAAGUUCUGCAAACAGUAAAGACUCUACGAAAAGUCCUCCAGCAGCAGUUCAAAGUAACACAAGCCACAACCCCGGACUUCCACCCAAUUUUAACGAAUGGUACGUCUAAGGACAAGCCAGGCAACCUAACUAUAGACUGGACCAAAUGAAUUCAAAGGAAAACUGAAAAUCAAUCACACGGAAAUGGAGUUUUCAGGCAAACAACCGAACAGGGCUACAUCCAGUUCAUUGCAUUUAUCCAGGAAAGGGGGUUUUAAUUUUUUUGCAAGAUCCAGACGCUGGACUAGCUAUGUCCUUUUCUCAGGAUUGGAUUUUUUUUUGUUUGGUUUUGGCAUUUGCAGUAAUUUCUUUGAUUUUUUUUCUCUUCCCUCUUC